GCUUCGACGACAUUCAGAAAGAGCCUAUGAGGAGAGAGACUGAGCGAGAGAGCGCAGGCACAGGAAAGAUAAAGAAAAAGUUUAGGGAUGGCCUAUUUCUCUACAGCACUCAUGUAUGACUGAUGUGCUUGCUUAAAUAGCUUAUGGGCUGAUGAGUGAGAAGUGUUGAAAGUGAGAAGGAGGUGAAGAAAGAACGAUAAGAAACUUGGAGGAAAAGUGGAAGAACCACAAUGGUGAAACUCGGAGUGUGAACUAGGGGUGAUUUUGCUUUGGUGAGUGACGUGUGAGAACUGGCCCUUGGUUCGGCUCAGCACCUGCUGUGACAGUGCCGGUAUGGAUUCCACUGCACUUUUGACGGUGGUAUGUGUGGCAGUUGUUGUGCUGUUCAUCAUCCUGACUGGUCUUUGUUUGAACUGCAAAGGAAACAGCCAACCAACAUAUAUAAGACAACAACAUGAUCCACGCAACAGUUAUCCAUCGAACCAAGGAUUUGUACUUGUUCGCCCCUACACAGAGCCUCCUUCUUUGACCAUCGUACCAGUUCAGCCUUCUCAACACCACCUCAUCACAUCUCCGUCCAUGACUGAUGCAAGACGGAUCUCUGCUUGUCGCUCAUCUGAUGGUGGAAGCCAGAGUGAUUACAUCAACCAAAAUGUGGACAAUGAUGCAGUAAGCUACGAGCAGCCUCCUGAAAAGACCCCAGACUACCCAGACUAUCUGGACGUGUUACCGGAUGACCAAAAUAUCUCCCAGCAGAAUCUCGCCUCUUCGUUGAAUUCAGGGCAGAGUUACCAGAACAUUGAGAAUGAUGACAACGAUGAUGAUGAUGAUUCAGAUAGUCAGCAUUAUAUAAAUGUCAACGAGGACAGAGAACCUGCAAUUGAAACUCCGAUUGGGAGCUGCAGCAGUGAUGAUCAGGGGAGCUCUGACUACGUAAACGUGAACGCUCCAAGAAACUUUAACUACCACCUGGGUUGAUUAAAAGCACCAUCAGAUUAUACAGAAGGAUUUCUACCAUACUGUAUAAAAAUGUAAGCUCCACAUUUUGUCAUUGUAUUGACAAUGAUGUUAAACAUAUGGACGGAAUGAUCAUUAAAAUAUUAUUCCAUAAAAAAAAAACUAAAGCCGUUUAAUUUUAUUUCCCUUGUACUCCCCCCCACCCCCACCCACAUCCUCUUGAGAGGAUUUGCUGACAGUUCCUGAGAAUUUUCACUUUUACUCACCUGCAUUUUUCUGACUCAAAACAUGACUUGGUUUUGUUUUACAUUUUAUUAUAAUUACAGUAAAAAUCAGUUGUUCUUUGGCUUUUGUAUGUAAAGUAAUGUAAUGCUUUGUAACUUUGUUGUCUGUUAAGUAAAUAAAUUAUGCAUC